AUCCUCAAUAACUACCAAAAGCAAAAAGCUGCAUAAAAUAUUACCACUCUAACACCACCACCAACCCCUCGUGGUUUUCCCAAUAACACCCCUUAAACCACACCACACCUCACCACCAUCCCCAUCUAAUCAAAACCAAACCAAAACCAAACAACCCAAAUCCCACCACCACCAUCAUCAUCACUUCACUGCCCAUGUUCAACCCCAAAGUAACCAAAUAUAAAAUGAAUAACAAAAAUAAAAAAUCCAAAAACACCCCAUCACCUUAGGCGGUGGACACUAUCAAAAACUGCCCACUAUUCACUCAAUAUUGAUGACGACCCUAAAAUGGCCAAAAAGUCAGAGGUGGACCUCCCCUCGCGAGGAGAAGGGAGGCCGUUUGGUUCUUUGGUGGUUGGAUUGUGUUGUGUGGUGUCGUGUCUUGGCUGGAGUGGGGUGGUGUGGUGUGGUGUGGUGUGGUGUGCGCACUUUACCAUUAGGGCAGCGCAUUUUAGCAACACACAAACACACCCUCAAACUCAAUCGCCCCACCUAAGCGGUGGCCUCAUCCAUCAUCCAAUCUCCAAGAUCUCAAAAUCAGCCGCACACUCCUCCCUUGCUCCUCCACUCACUCUCGUCUCUUGGCUUUUUUAACUUUUAACCCACCCCGCUCCAAACUCCCAAAACAUGUCACCAAACGCCCCCCCUCUCGCUCUCUCUCUCCUCUUCCCUCCACCACCACCACCACUUUUUCUCUCUCCUCUUUAUCCAACUACUCCACCUUAUCCCUCCACCACAACAACCACCUUCCUCCCCCUACUAUCGUGCGCCGCCUCCCUUAUCCUUCCCUACCCCCACCUUAACCUACCAUUUACCUAAGACCAAGUCUCCCACCCCCCACUACUCCUCGCCGCCACCCACCAUUCUCUCUCUCUUUUUCUCUUCAUUUCUUUUAUCUUUUUCUUUGGAUCUAACGUGAAGAUCUUAAACCUAAGAUCCAAGAUCCGGUCAUGGCCUCCCCAUCGUCGCCACCGGAAUCCCCUCUUCCUCCGGGUCCACCUCAGGCCAUUCCACUGGCGUUACCUGCUCCGCCGCCGUCUUCGUCGUCGGCCCAGGUCCAAUCGGCGCCACUAGCUCAGGUCCAGCCCACUCCCCCGUCUUCCUCGCGGCGGCUCCCUCCGCCGUGCUGGUCUCACGAAGAGACGGUGGCUCUGAUUGAUUCGUACCGUGACAAGUGGUACUCUCUCCGCCGUGGGAAUCUCAAGGCUACCCACUGGCAAGAGGUCGCCGAUGCCGUCUCGGCUCGGUGUCCCUCGGCAUCUCCGGCUAAGACCGCCGUGCAGUGCCGCCAUAAGAUGGAGAAGCUCCGAAAACGGUACCGUACGGAGCUUCAACGAGCUCGAUCUAUGCCCGUUUCGAGGUUCACGUCUUCCUGGGUUCAUUUUAAGCGCAUGGAUUCGAUGGAAAAAGGCCCGACGGCGAAGCCCGAAAACUCCGAUAGCCCUGGUGAGGACGAUGAUCACGAGGAGGAAGAGGAAGACCCAGAUCAGCAACUUUAUGAAGAAUUGAAAUAUGGGUCGAAUAUGAAGAGCAUGACCAAGCUUUAUAGGAAUGGAGUUGGGGGUAGUGGUGGUGGUGGUUCGAGUAGUAGUGGAUUUAGGAUUCGAAUUCCCACUGGGGUUAGUAUUGCCCAGCCAGGGACGAAGGUUUAUGCCAAAGUUGAUCCAAAAUUUGGGAUGAUUCAUCCGAAUUCGAUUAAUUCAGGGCCAAAUUUUGGUACAAAGGUUGUGAGGGAGUGCAAUUUGGUGAGACCCGGGUUGGGGAAGAGGGAGAGAGAGAGGGAGAAGGAGAAGGAUCCAGUGACUGAAAUGGUUUCGGCAAUUAAGGCAUUAGGAGAUGGGUUUGUGAGGAUGGAGCAGAUGAAGAUGGAGAUGGCUAGGGAGAUCGAAACAAUGAGAAUGGAGAUGGAGAUGAAGCGAACCGAGAUGAUAUUGGAUUCGCAGCAGAGGAUCGUCGAGGCUUUUGCCAAGGCGGUUUCAGAGAAGAAGAAGAAGGUGAAGAGAAUGCCCUCACCUGAGGCUUAGAUGGGGUUAGUUAGUAUUUGAUUUUGUAGGCUUUCUUAUUGGCUGAUCUCCCAAAUGAGGUUUUCUGGUUGGUUUUGCUCAAUUGAGAGUUUCAUUACAAGGCUUUGAUGGUUUGGUAUUGGAUGAAUGAAUGAAUGAACAAACUCUCAAGGGAAGAAGCAAAUCAAUGGGAUUUGAUCUGAUGAGUAUGAUAAUCUUAGCUUAAUAGUACUAAUUUAUUGUUAGAUCAAUGCCAUGCCAAUGUUCUUUUUUAUCAUAGAGUUAUUUAGUAUCAGUAAAAUGUUUAAUUUGAUCUUCCUAGCGUAAUUUGCAUAAUAGUCCCACUAGUGGAAAUUUGUAAUAUUCUAGUUGUAUGUGUAUACUUUUAUUCUUGUUGAAGAAAGUAAAGGAGAGAUCUCUUUUACAAUGUUGUUUCUGCUAAUGCUUAAUAAAUUUCUCUUCUUUGUUGGAAUAUGAAA